CUCACGCAUGUCUGUGACGACGUGGAAAUAUGGUGGAAGAGCACUAGAGUUAAGUCGGAGUUUUCUCAAAUUCUUCAUUUAGUAAACUUUUGUUUAUCAUUGACAUUUACAGCUAUAGCAACUGUACAACCUAAGCUGAAGACUGUCAAGAACCUGGGAGAAGAACGCGAGCUAGUACAGUGCCUGGUGUGGUAGUGGGAGAUGAGGCAGUGAGAAAGAGAGCCUCUCCUCAGACCUACUCAGGAGAUGGGAGCCAACACCAGCCAGGUCAGUGACCUGUGUGAGAACCAGAGCCUCAGGACCCUGAUCGGAACAGAGUCCAUCUCAGAGAAUGACCCCUUCUGGAACCAGCUCAUCUCCUUCACCUUCAUCAGCCCCACUAGCCGUGGGGACUCCAAGCUGUUGGAAGAGGCAGUCAUUCCCCUCGCCAAGAUCCUGAUUGAGAACAAUCCCAGAACAGGGAAUUUUGGAGCCCUGGUGAGAAUAUUCCUGGGAAGAACCAAAGAGCUGAAAAUAUCCACAGAAUGCCAGGAUCAGCUGUUCAUCUGGCAGGCCCACAAUGCCCUGUUUAUGAUCCGCUGCCUGCUCAAAGUCUUCAUCAGUGAGAUGACAGAAGAGGAGCUGCACCUACAGUUCUCCUACCAGGAGAGGGCGCCAGGCUCCUGCGACACGGGGAGCGAGGACCUGCUAGAGGAGCUAAUGUGUAACCUGGUGCACCUAGUCGUCGAGGUGCCCCUGCUGGACAUCACUUACAGUAUCCUGUUUGAGGCUGUGACUACCAUGCUGGUGUUACUGUCCUACCAGCUCUUCCACAAGGAGAUGCUGAGAGACGGACUAAUUUACCAGUACCUGAUCAAGGGACGAUGUGUGUCCCUGACCAGUGGGUUAGUGAAGACCCUGCUGUAUAACUUCAUCAGACAGGAGAAGUGUCCACCUCCCGCCACACACAUCUUUGAGCAGCAGUCAGACGGCGGAGGCCUGCUCUACGGCCUUGCCUCGGGGGUAGCGAGUGGGUUGUGGAGUGUGUUCACACUGGGCGGAGCCGGCAGUAAGCCAGGAUUGGAGCAGGAACAGAACCCGCUGCCCUUAUCCAAUCAGAGCCUGUUAUUACUCCUGGUGCUAGCCAAUCUGACAGAUGGACCUAACGACUGCCCCAACCCUUACAGACAGGCUGUCACCUGCUUCAAAAACACACAAGACACGUCAUCGAUCCCUACGGAGCAGCACCAUACGUUCCAGAUCAACUUCAACAGCCUGUACACAGCUCUGUGUGAGCAACAGAGAUCUGACCAGGCUACACUGUUACUCUACACACUGCUGCAUCAGAACACCAAUAUGAGGACUUACAUGCUGUCACGCACAGACAUGGAGAACCUGGUGGUGCCCAUCCUGGAGAUCCUGUACCAUGUGGAAGACAGGAACUCUCAUCACGUCUACAUGGCCCUCAUCAUCCUCCUCAUCCUCACUGAGGACGACACCUUCAACAGAUCCAUACAUGAGGUGGUUUUAAAGAACAUAACAUGGUAUUCAGAACGUCAGUUAACAGAGAUCUCUCUGGGGAGUCUGCUCAUCCUGGUGGUCAUACGCACCAUCCAGUUCAACAUGACACGGACCAGGGAUAAGUACCUGCACACCAACUGCCUGGCAGCCCUGGCCAACAUGUCAGCCCAGUUCCGCUGCUUACACCAGUACGCUGCCCAGCGUAUCAUCAGUCUAUUUGCACUGCUGUCCAAGAAGCACAACAAGGUCUUGGAGCAGGCUACCCAGUCUCUGAGAGGUCCCCGGGGGGCAGACGACAGCUCUGUACUGCCUGACUACGCCCAGGACCUUAAUGUGAUCGAGGAGGUAAUCAGGAUGAUGCUGGAGAUCAUCAACUCGUGUCUGUCUAACUCUCUACACCACAAUCCUAACCUGGUCUACGCCCUGCUCUACAAGAGGGAGCUCUUCGAACAGUUCAGAACACACCCCUCCUUCCAGGACAUCAUGCAGAACCUUGACACGGUGAUAGGUUUCUUCAGCCAGCGUCUGGAGGCAGCAGGGACUGACCUGUCAGUAGAAAGGGUUCAGGAAGUCAUAAUGAAGGGAGCACAGGCUCUUCCCAAAGACCGCCUCAAGAAGUUCCCGGAGCUGAAGUUUAAGUAUGUGGAGGAGGAUCAGCCUGAAGACUUCUUCAUUCCUUACGUGUGGUCCCUGGUCUUUAACUCUGGAGUGGGCCUUCACUGGAGCCCUACAAACAUACAACUCUUCAGCAUGGACUCUGGCUGAGGGGGUGUUCACGUUGAGGGGGUGUUCACGUUGAGGGGGUGUUCACGCUGAGGGGGUGUUCAC